AUGUAAAUUAAUUAAGCUCUCCCAAUACAUUGUGCUUAUUGUUUUGAUGUGCUAAUUGCAUCUUUACAAUAAAAAGAUGUACCUAAGCCAACCUUUUAAGAAUUUGAUGUCCCAGUUUUUGUUACUUUUCAUGCAAAUAAAGAAGAUUUGAGAGGGUGUAUAGGAACUUUUUCCCCUGGACCUUUAGGUCAACAAUUAGCAAAAUAUACUUUCCUUUCAGCUUUUAAGGAUAGCAGGUUCCCUCCAAUAUAAACAAAAGAAUUAAAUUCACUAGAUGUUGGAGUGAGUUUGUUGAUCAACUUUUAGAAAGGAAAAAAAUGGAAUCAAUGGGAAGUAGGAAAACAUGGAAUUAUUAUUGAUUUCUAAGAGGGGGGCAGAGGUAAAUACUAUCUAUAUCUUUUUAGAAUAUGGAGCAACCUUUCUACCUGAAGUAGCAGCAGAAUAAGAAUGGGAUAUCAAUACAACUUUGGAACAUUUGAUUGCAAAAGCAGGAUACAGAAAGAAUUACUAAAAUGUUUUAGAUAAGAUUGAUUUGACCACUUAUGAAACAUCUAAAGCUAAAUUGACUUAUGCUGAAUAUUUAGAAUUGAAGAAAUGA